CAACAAAAAUUGCUUAGCGAGGUUAAGUUAUGAGUGUCUCUCUUUUUUGUCCUUUGUUUGGUUUUUGAAGUUGGGGCUCUUCAAAUCAAAUCCGGUCUACUACUGACUCCACCGUAUCAAUUCAUCACUACUCAUUCAGUUGAGCACCACAUGUUUGAUCAAAUGACUCAAAAUGCUGCUGCUGCAUCUUUAUAGCAAACUUCUUAGUCAAGUGGGUCUAAGAGGCGUUUCAAUUCAAUGGCUAUUUCCUAUGUUCACAUGCUUCAAUCGGCCGGAGGUUUCCAGAAGUGCAACCUCUCCUUUUCCAGCCAUGGCUAUCCCAAAAGCAGUUCCAGGACCCACCACUUAGCUUUUGCUUCUAUGCAUACAUCUGACCCUAAGGUAGACUCGUUGUUGGACGGUAUAAAAUGGGAUGAUAAAGGUUUGGCCGUGGCAAUAGCUCAGAAUGUAGACACAGGGGCCAUACUAAUGCAAGGCUUUGCAAAUAGAGAAGCCGUGGUUUCAACCAUAUCUUCUCGCAAGGCCACAUUCUAUAGCCGGUCACGAUCAACAUUGUGGACCAAAGGAGAGACCUCUAAUAAUUUUAUCAAUAUCCACGAUGUCUUUCUUGAUUGCGACCGUGAUUCUAUAAUAUACCUCGGGAAACCUGAUGGGCCUACCUGCCACACAGGGGCAGAAACAUGCUACUAUACACCAGUCUUUGACCUGUUGAAUGAGCAAGAGGCUGAAGGAAACAAAUUGGCAUUAACCUCUCUGUACGCAUUAGAGUCAACAAUCUCCCAGCGCAAGGCAGAGUUAGCUGAAGAAGACAAUGGAAAGCCUUCAUGGACAAAGCGAUUAUUACUUAAUGAUAAGUUGCUGUGCUCUAAAAUCAGAGAGGAGGCAAACGAGUUGUGUCAAACACUAGAGAAUAACGAGGACAAGUCACGUACUGCUUCAGAGAUGGCUGAUGUGCUCUAUCAUGCCAUGGUCCUGUUGGCACUGAAAGAUGUCAGAGUAGAAGAUGUUUUGCAGGUUUUGCGGAAGAGAUUUUCCCAGUCUGGUGUGGAAGAAAAGAGAAGUCGUGCGACCAAGAACUCGGUGGAAAAUUGAAUGUUCUUUGUCAAGUGAAGUCUAUAUUUCAAUCAACAUAUUUAGCUUCUGGUGUCAUAGUUGGAUGUACAAAACGUGUUACUGUGUGACUGCGGCUGAGUUGUGGUAACUAAAUAGCAAACUGCAAGUCUGUAAUAUCCUUUGUUUUUAUUUCAUAGUCCUCUUAGUCAUCAUUUUCCUAACUUAGAUUGUUGAAACUUGUUUCCUCCUGUUAUGUUGUUAAUUUAUUGAUUUUAGUUUUGACUCUUA